GAAUGGUUAACCUCAGUGGCUAAUCUUAAAUUCAAAUAGCGGGUUUGGACAUGAUUUUUCCGGCUCAAAAUGGGACACUUUUUUGACCAAAGCCCAGCCCGUGAUCAUCUCUUCUAGUCUUGUGAACUCGAAAGCUUGUCAGUUUCCAAAAUUAGCUGCUUAUUUUUUUUUUCUCCGGAACUCUGGAAGUCAAGAAGAUCAAAGAUUUGUUGAUAAUCGAAACUUAUUCGAAAUUUCGAAAGUCUGCUGAAUUGAUGGCCAACCCAGACAUUAUGGGUCUUCCUCAAUUUUGUGAAUUAAAGCGAUUCAAAAGAAUUGAAGAGAAAGACCGGAUUAGUGAUUUGCCAGAUGAACUCCUGUCAAAUAUUGUGGCAGAUUAACAUUGAAGGAAGCAAUAGCUACUAGCAUCCUUUCAAAGAGAUGGACUGAUGUAUGGAUAUCAUACCCUUUUCUUGACUUUGGUUUUCUUAAGAAAACCUAUUACCCUGAAAUACUUGUGCAUCGAGUCAACAAAGUUUUGGAGAAAUUUAAGGGUGGAAAGUUACAUAAAUUCAGGAUUGUGCACCCAAUGAGAAAUUUAAGUCUCAUAUUGAUGAAUGGAUUUCCUUUGCAACUCGACUUUGAAGGUUGGCAUAGACAUGAAGGUUUUGGCAAUUAUUAUGUUCCUCUCCAUGUCUUUGCUCGAGAAGAGAUGAUGAUAUCAAAACAUUCCUCUCCCAAUGUUGUGAGAAGCUUUGUGUCUUUAACAGAUCUCCGUCUAAGGUCUGUAAACCUUUCAGACCAAGUAUUUGACAUAAUUUUAUACAAUUGUUCCUCUCUAGAAAAUUUUCAUUUGAGGAAUAAUGGUGGACUAGUUAAUGCUAAGAAUACAGCUCCUCACCUAAAGCUUAAAUCACUGAAGCUGUACAAUUGUUAUGACUUAAAAAAAAUUGGAACUUUGGCCCCAAAUCUUGUAUCAUUCAAGUAUGAAUGAGGUUAUAUGGGAAGUCUAUGUAUUAAGGAUGUCCGCAGCUUGCAUCCCUGACCCUAGCAGUUUAUACUUGUUUAGAAUCAGAUAUAUACGCGAUAUUUCCUAGAGGAGGAAGCUUUAUUUUAAACCAGUUCUCCUCUUAUCUCCCAAAGUUGGAGUCUUUGUUUGUCUCAGUUACUCUUUUUGAGGUAAGCAUAAGCAAAUUGAUUGAGGUUUCUGAUUUUUAGUAUCUCUUGAUCACUUGCCUGAUGGAUAGGUCUGUCAUCUGUGCAGGGUAUGAGUAAUUUUUCUCAACUUUGUGUAUUCAGAAAUCUAAAAAAACUGAUGUUGGAUGGAUAUCUUUCAUCUUCAAUACGAAUAUGCUGCCGCCAAGUAGCUGCUUUUAUAAUCAGUGCAGCCCCAUACUUGGAGCUUCUUCAGCUAGAUCUCACAUCAUCAAAACCUUCUAUCUGGGUAAGGGAAGAACUGGAAUUGCCUUCCAUGUUUCCGCACAAGAACCUUAAAGAGGUCAAGUUGUCUAGCUUUAGUGACGAUUUAGCUAUCAUGGAUUUUCUUGCCUAUCUGGUUGAAUGCACCGUUUCUCUCCAGAAGAUUAAUCUCAAUUCAUCUGGUGAUCUAACGACUGGAGGUGAUCGGUUAAUUGGAGAUUAUAUAUUUCAGAUUGCAAAAAAUGCUGAACGUAGCAAGAAAUGUGUGAUGGAACUCAGGAAAAUUUUGCAUACAAAUGUCCAGCUGAUAUAUGUCAAUCAGUAUAUACUGUAAAAUUAGGCUGCUUGUUAUAUUCACAUACGAGUAUGAAACUUCAAAUAUUUAAUGGUUUAAGAUUUAAUAGUGCCCAAAGAGAAAUUUGGAUGAUCCGUUUUUAUUUUAUGUGACACGUCACAAAUUUAAAGGUUUAACACUUCAAGAUUUAGUAGUGUCCAAAGUGAAAACAUGUCAAUUAAUACAUUUUGUUAUUUUUAUUGAA